GCCUUGCCCUACUCAGAACUCAAGUCCUCCCCAGAGCUCAGCUCAACUCUCCUCUUCCUCCUCUUUUUCAUAACUUACCAAGGGAUGGACGUCGACUGGUGUCUUUCGUGUGAUCGCAGAAUCGAUGGUCUAACAUCUGCCUCUGGUCCAUAUUGUUCCCCAGAGUGCCUUUCCUAUGCUCAACCAGCAUCCUCUUCACCCAAACUCGCUACCCAAGUAGCUGCUACCCCCGCUCCCAAUACUCACCGCAUCCACCAAUGGGCUGCGGCUAUCCCGCCUCACGUUCCUGCUGGCGCACCCUCCUGCCCCUUCGCAGAGGCCUUUGAGCCCGCAUCAGCAUCGACUCAGUUUUCUCGUCGUUCCCCUUCACCUCGUGCCCGUUCUCAGGCAACGCCCAAAUUGAUCGAGCGUACCUCUGCUACAGCAGCUGUCCCCACUCUCUGUGUAUCAUCACCAGCACAAGUUCGCCCUCUUCCCCCCGCACGCAGCACGCACUGCGCUUACAUUAAUGGCAAUACGGCGUCCAACACCACUGCCAGCAUGAGCGAAGCAAGCACCUCCCUUACUAGCCUCUUGAGUGAGCCGCUCGUGGCUACUCCUGACGAAGAUUCCCCCUUCGGUAUCGGUGCUUUCGUUCGCUCCUGGGUUCGCGAACAUGCCAAGUCGAGUAAUGAAGAAGUCGUAGAGGAUAUUAAAACAUAUUUUUCCCCUUAUUUAUGCGCCAAGACAUCUCCUCCCCGCUCAAAAAAAGCCAAGAUUCACCCUCCUACGCCUCCACCCAUUGCACGACCAAAAUUCCCCGUUACGAAAGCUGCAAUUUUUAAUGACCGUGACCGUUCAACGCCCACCGACUCCCACACACCUACACCUGUCGUCUUCCCUUCUUGCCGUGCUGCUGAGCUUGACUGGGAUGAUGACGACGACGAUAGUUUCGUCCCACAGGCUCAGUAUCAGCACUUCCAGCAGGGGUAUGAGUCCAAGGCGCGUUCUCCAUCGUUUUCCCCUUCUGCGUCCUCCGGUACCGGUUCCUCUAUCCUCCUGAUGGCACCGAAGCGAUUGGAUGUCCGAGGUCGUCGUGGCGGUCGUGCUAUCGCACCAUGAGGUGCUGCGCGUCUUUUUCAUUCCCACUAUCUCCCCCUUGCUCAGCAUAUUCGCAAAAUCGCCUCGUGCCAAUAGGCGCUUCAUUCACGCAAUUGACUUAUGGACUUCGAUAUCCCCCAAAAUCACCACAUGGUUGUUCGCUAUAACUCCUUUCAAAACCCCAGGAACACUCCGUGUAUCUUGUACACCACUUUUUCCUCUCGACGUUGUUUGACAGCGCCCGCACUCACAAUCUUUGAAAUUCCUCGUUGUUCUGUUCGCACACGCUCGUUCUCACUCCUCAUACACUGUAUAUACAUGCAUAUACACAUAGAUAGCUCGUUGCACUUGCAUACACACGUCUCAUUCCUGCCCACCUGGAUAUCGUAUUGAUUUAUUGUACAAUAGAGUUGGUGCAAGCCAAGUGGAAUACAUCGUUUGAACCAA